AUGCCACCUCCACCAACUACACCGACUGGCGCGAAGCAAGAACCAAAACCAGAAUUCACAUUAAAAAACAUACUAAAAGAUAUACAAGAAGCAAUACAAGGUUUAAUAAUUAGCCCUGAAGUUUCAAGAUUUACAUAUCCAAUAGCAAUUUGUUUAUCAUCAAUUAUAACUAAAAUCGUAAUUGCUAAAAUUAAAUAUACGGAAAUUGAUUAUACUACAUAUUUACAACAAGUUGAAAAAGUUAGCAAUGGAGAAAUAAAUUAUUCUAAAAUAUAUGGAGAUUCUGGUCCAAUAGUUUAUCCAGCUGGUUUCAUAUAUAUUUAUCAACAUUUACAAUGGAUUUGUGGAGAUUCUAUUCCUGAAGCUCAAAAAAUUUUCGGAUAUGUUUUCACAACUACUGUAUUAUUUAUAUCAUUUAUAUAUUCACAAAUUUGGGAUAUUCAACCAUGGUGUAUUUGGUUAUUAUUAGCAAGUAAAAGAUUAAUUUCCAUAUACGUUUUAAGAUUAUUUAAUGAUGUUUUUACAACGUUGGCUAUAUUGGGAGUUAUAAUAUUAUUACAACAAGCGGCUGUACUCAAACAAGUAUCUUAUAAAAAAUUUAGAAAUUCUAAAACUGGACACAUUAGAGAUCAAGUUAUGGGUUCAUCUUGGUUUGAUUUAAGUUUUUUAUUAAGUUUUAUUGCUUGUGAUUUAUAUAGUAUUGCAUUAUCCAUUAAGAUGAAUGCAUUAUUAUAUUUACCUGGAUUAUUACUUGUGAUUUAUUUUUUAAAUGAUGAGAACUUAAUUAAAUUCUUGGUUCUUAUUGCUGUUAUUCCAUUAGUUCAAAUUAUGAUUGGUUGGAAAUUCUUGGUAUUGAUGUUUUCUGAUGAUGAUGCUAAACUUAUAAGAUGGAAUUAUUUGAGUCAAAGUUUUAAUUUUGGAAGAUCUUUUUUAUAUGAAUGGACAGUUAAUUGGAAAUUUUUACCAGAAGAAACAUUCUUGUCAACAAAUUUUUCAAACAUCUUACUAGUAUUACACGUUUUGGUUUUAUUAUUCUUCACAUUCACCAGAUUUUUAAAUAGAAAAAUCAUAGAUAAGUCCAUAUACCAACUAAUCAAAGAUGCUUUUAAACCGUAUUCAACAAUUUCAAACAAUAACAUAUUUUUAAACAAAUUAAUAGCACCACAAAUCAUUUUUUAUAUAAUGUCAAUAACUAAUUUAAUAGGUGUUUUAUUUUCAAGAUCAUUACAUUAUCAAUUUUUAAGUUGGUACGCAUGGUCAUUACCUGCUUUGUUACAAUUAAGCUUACAAUGGUACGUUGGUGUUCCAUUAUGGUUUGUACAUGAAUGGUGUUGGAAUGAAUUUCCUGCCACUUUUCAAAGUUCAAUUGUAUUAGUUAGUGAAUUAUCUUUAAUAUUGGUGUUGAGUUGGUUUAAUUUUGAUUCUUGGUUUCCUUCACCUAGUACUUUGAAUCAGUAUACUAAAUAUGAAAAACAUUUGAAGAGAAUUGAGGAAGAGAAGAAGAAAGAAUAA